AUGGAUUCAAAUUCUGGACCAAGUCAUCCUUCCUCGCCAAUUGCACCCUUUGAAACACCACCAAAUACUACCAAUGAAAGCAUGGAUACUUCAGUAGACAACAGUCCUAAUAAUGAAGCUGAUCAAGUUGCUCAAAACGAAGAAAACGCCAAAACUGCAAAAGAGAAUCUGGAGAAAAAUGAAGACUAUCGAGCAGUAGUCAAAACAUUAGAUGUGUUACGCCACCAACUCAAACAAGCCCUUCAAGAUAUUGAAUCUCUCCAUAAAUUGAAAAAAGAAGCUCUUGAUGAUCCAUUUGAAUUCGAUUCUAGACGACGUAUACCUCAAUUGCAAAAAAUUGUGUGUGUUCCUGAUAUCGACUGGCGUCAGUAUAAAUAUUUGCCCGAUUCACGCCUAGUUCAGCAAGCAGCUGCAUUAAAUGCACUUUCUCAACACUCUAUUGGGCUACACAAACCAAGCGUUUUCCGAAAUAUUCUCGAAAUACCCUAUCAUCCACCUCCACCUUCACACCCUACAUCUUCAGCCGUGCGAUCCAUGCAACGUGAAUUAAACAAAGCUUCUCAAAUAUUAACUCAAAUGCCUUCGCGUGCUAAUUCGGUAUCAGAUUUCUCAGACAAAGAGUCCGAUGAUGAAAGCAUGGUUCAGCCAAGUAGAUACGGAAAGGGCAUGAGCAAACGACGUGCAUCAGUACAUCAACCUAAAGUUGAGGAGCCUACAGCGCCUUUAUAUAGAAAUAUAAUGGCUGAAGAUUAUAACGACAAAUGUCAACCUAGUGACUAUCCUACCUAUAGCCGUGCAAACACACCUGAAAGUACCCGGCAGACACUACGAUAUAUUGAACCGCGUAUGAGUGAAGAACUUUCCCUUGAUUCGGAUGAUCGCUCAAAACUACCGACUCACAAUCAGCCGUGGUCUGAUGAAGAACAGCAACGACUCGAACAAUUAUUAGAGAUAUAUCCUGAUGAGCCUGUUCAAGCUCAAAGAUUCAACAAAAUCUCGAGUGCUCUUGGUACUCGUACUGCCCGCCAAGUAGCCAGUCGAGUCCAAAAGUAUUUUAUCAAGCUGGCCAAAUUAGGACUUCCUGUACCUGGACGUAUCACGAUUCCUCCUUCCUGUUUACCAAAGCCUUCGCGCGGAAGUAUAAAUGGACGUGGGCGAGGAAUUGGUAGGAUUAUGAAACCUAAAAGGCAGAACAGCUCCAAUAAACCACGGUCUGUGGCUCGUCAGCCUGUACGUACUUCGGGUUCAGGAUAUAAUUCAAUGGUUUCUGGGGGUAUUACAACCACAAGAAUCUCGGGUGCACAUUAUUUAACAGCCCAAGCACCACCAACUGUGUUUAUGUCGGAUGACGAUGAUGAUGAUACUACUGUAAAGAACAUGAUGCUCAAGGUUACCAACCAGAAGAUACGCAACGGCGACUCUUCUAUAAAAGAGGAGAACACGAAUGAAGCUGUUCAUGAAGGUUAUGCUUGUGACAAUUGUGGAAUAGAACCAAUUGUUGGCGUACUUUACAAAUGUACCGUUUGUGAUGUGAGCGAAGAGAUUGAUUUAUGUGGACAGUGUAUGUCUAUUGGCACAUUUUCAAACGAUCACCAUACACCGGAUCAUCCUUUUGAAGCUAUUCGAACACCGAAUGCUUUACCAUAUUAUGCUGAUAAUGAUUAUGCUUCUCCAGAAUAUUUGGGCGAAUACAGCUACCUUGGAUAUUGA